AUGUCGACCAAGGCAAGCACCAAAUAUGGCCAUCUCCUGGCCAAGGGGCUCGGCAUCAAACUUCCCUAUCGAGAUCCUCUGGGCUCACUGGCUGAACCCGUUACACGAGGAGAAUCCGUAUUCUCUUCCGGCACUGCUGAGAACUACGUCGAGCCAGAGCCGACUGCUAGGGAGUGGGUUGAAGACCUAAUUCCAACUAGUCGUGAUGUUGGUCUAUACUUCUAUAACCUGUUUCCUUUCCUCAGGUGGAUCACACGAUACAACGUGCAGUGGCUCAUCGGAGAUCUAGUGGCUGGUAUCACUGUCGGCGCUGUCGUCGUUCCUCAGGGAAUGUCAUAUGCUCAACUGGCUGAUUUGCCCGUCGAAUAUGGACUGUACACCUCGUUUAUGGGUGUCUUAAUCUAUUGGUUCUUUGCGACAUCAAAGGACAUAACCAUUGGUCCUGUUGCUGUCAUGUCGACUCUUACCGGGAAUAUCAUCAUCGAGGUGCAAAAAGCCCACCCUGACCUGCCUGGUCAUGUCAUUGCUUCAGCAUUGGCUGUCAUAUCCGGCGCAAUCAUCACCUUCAUCGGGCUCAUCAGAUGGGGUUGGCUUGUAGAAUUCAUCCCCUUGACUGCAAUUACCGCUUACAUGACGGGUUCCGCCUUGAACAUCAUAGUUGGCCAAAUAAAAAACUUGAUGGGCGAAAGCGCCAAGUUCAGCACAAGAGGCGCCACCUACAAGGUUCUUAUUUUGUCACUGAAACACCUUCCCAGUAGCAAAUUGGAUGCUGCUCUAGGGCUUACGGGGCUCGUCAUGUUGUAUGGUAUCCGCUAUGCAUGCAACUACGCCGCAAGGAAGCGCCCAGACAAAGCCAAGCUCUUCUUUUUCAUCGCGACACUGCGCACGGCUUUUGUGAUUCUGUUUUACACUAUGGUUAGCGCUGCAACCAACAUACAUCGCCGUGAUAACCCUGCAUUCAAAGUCAUUGGCACCGUUCCUCGUGGUUUUCAAGAUGCCGGUGCUCCUAGGAUCGACACGGGAAUCAUAAAAGCAUUUGCCAGUCAAUUGCCCGCUGCAAUCAUUGUCAUGUUGAUCGAGCAUAUUUCCAUUUCAAAAUCGUUCGGUCGUGUGAACAACUACAAAAUCGACCCUUCCCAGGAAUUGGUUGCUAUUGGUGUUAGCAAUCUGCUUGGUCCCCUUCUUGGUGCCUACCCUGCUACUGGCUCUUUUUCUCGGACUGCCAUCAAAUCCAAAGCCGGUGUCCGUACACCGAUUGCUGGUCUCAUCACUGCGGUUGUGGUUUUGCUUGCUAUAUAUGCUCUUCCUCCGCUUUUCUGGUACAUUCCACAGGCUUCUCUCUCGGCUGUUAUCAUCCAUGCCGUCGGAGACUUGAUUACUCCCCCGAAUGUAGUCUACCAAUUCUGGCUUGUUUCUCCAUUUGAGGUAUUUAUUUUCUUUGCUGGAGUUUUGGUCACCGUCUUUGCUAGCAUUGAGGAUGGUGUUUAUACUACCAUGUGUGUUUCCAUGUUCUUGCUACUGUGGCGCCUUGUCAAGUCACAAGGGGAGUUCUUGGGCAAAGUCAGAGUGCAUUCGGUCAUCGGUGACCAUUUGAUUGACGAUGAAGGCAAAUACGGACAACCGGGUCCUGUACCCGAGCGGACGCUCAACGAGGAUAAUGACCAAAAUGACACAUUCCGCAACAUCUACCUGCCUGUUACACAUCGUGAUGGCUCCAAUCCGCUGAUUUCUGUCCAACACCCUUACCCAGGAGUCUUCAUCUAUCGCUUUUCAGAUGGAUAUGUCUACCCGAAUGCUAACAACGAGACUGACGGUCUCGUAGCAACAAUAUUUAAAGAAACACGACGCACAAAUCCGCACGUAUAUGGGAACCCGGGCGAGCGUCCUUGGAACGAUCCCGGUCCUCGACGAGGACAGUCUGAGCCAGACCGCAGCCACUUGCCUACCCUUCGCGCCAUCAUUUUAGACUUUUCCUCUGUGCAUUAUGUGGAUGUGACAUCUAUCCAAAAUUUGAUUGACGUGCGCAAUCAACUGGAUCUAUAUGCCUCACCUGAGCCGGUACAAUGGCAUUUCACCAACAUUAAUAACCGAUGGACCAAGCGAGCGCUUACAUCUGCCGGGUUUGGAUAUCCAACUCCUGCACCGAAUAAUGGUUUCAAACGCUGGAAGCCUAUUUUCAGUGUCGCUGAGCUUGGCGGUAGCAAUUCUGCAGCUGCGACUGCUGAACGCGAGCGUCUCAGUCAUCACCAGAAAACAGACCUCGAACAGGGCGGGUCCACAUAUACCACAGAGCGAGAGCGCAAUGAGACUGAAAAUAGUAGCAAUGACGGGGAUGAUUAUAUCAAACAAAUUAGCACUGCCACCGUAUCCAAGCGUCAAAACAAUAUUGCCUUGGUGUCCGGUAUCGGCCGUCCAUUUUUCCAUAUUGACGUGACUAGUGCAGUGCAGAGCGCCAUUUUCAAUAUCGAGGAAAGCAGUGGUGCCCUUAAACUCAUCGAGCCAUGA